GUCCCAGAAGGCUCCGGGCCAUUCACAAAGUGCAGCGCUUCUCGCGCAUGUGCAGUCCGCAGUCUCUGGUCAUCUCCUUUACUGUCUGCAGUCUCUGGUCAUCCCCUGCACUGUCUACAGUCUCUGGUCAUCUGUACUAUGUCCACAGUCUCUGGUCAUUCCCUGUACUGUGUCCGCAGUCUCUGGUCAUUCCCUGUACUAUGUCCGCAGUCUCUGGUCAUCUCCUGUACUAUGUCUGCAGUCUCUGGUCAUUCCCUGUACUGUGUCCGCAGUCUCUGGUCAUCUCCUGU